AUGCAUAAAACUGGUGCAACGCGUCAUAAAAAAUUUCUCAAAGCCGAAAAGUCAAAAACUAAACUCAAAGGCAAAAAAGAUCCUGAGUUACCCAAAGGAACGAAUGUUACGAAAACUAACUUCAAGGUAAAGAAAAUUGUUAUCAAAGAGCAAUUAAAAAAACACACUUUUUCUGAACCAUUGUCAACAAGAAAGCUUAACGUUAAAGAGUUAUUGUCGAGGCUUAACCAUUUUAACGCUACAUCACGUACAGAUGCUCUUGAUGGAAUUAAAGAGAUCAUUAGUUCAAAUCCAGAUAUUCUUGAACAAAGCAUGGGGCCGGUAAUACAAGGAGUCAGCGCCUUAGUAUUAAAUAUAGAGAAAGCUGUGCGCCAUUCUGCCCUAAAAGUCUUGCAUUUGGUCCUCUCAAAUGUACAAGCGGAGAAAAUAGAACCAUUCUUUGACAUAAUGUCAACAUACUUGAGAAGUGCUAUGACCCAUAUAGAUAAUAGAAUACAAGAAGAUUCCCUUUUAUUUCUAGAUAUACUGUUGCUUUGUGUGCCUGAAAAAGCUGCUCAAGAUUUUUUCAAAGUUAUACCUAACUUCCUUGAUAUGAUUUCAAAAUUACGUACAGAUGCAAAACCUGGAAGAACAUUAACAAUAAAUAUGAAUAGCCAAAUGACUAGUGUCAAAUGGAGAGUAAAAGUAUUAAAUCGUUUAAAAGAAUUCCUUCAAAAAUUUGCAGCAUGCAAUAAAAUAUCCACUUUGGAAAAUAUAGAAACUAGUAAAACAAUAGUGGUUAAUAAGGAUUCCUCUAAUUACUUUUCACUAUUCAACCCCAUCUAUACCUCCACUUGCCAUGUUUCUUGCUUCUCAGCGAAGAGUACUGAAAGUAUGCUAGAGUCUGAUGAAGUAGAAAAAUUUAGUGAAUAUGUUGACACAUUAAUGACUUUGUUGUUUGAAACAUGGCUCGAGGCCAGUCCAAAUGCUCAAUCUGAUAGUAAUAUGGAAACUGUUGUUACUGAAGAUGCUGCUCUCUUGCUUAAACAUUCAUUGGAAGUUAUCUCUAUUAUAUGGGAACUUGUGAAAUAUUAUAAUAAAAGAACACCCAGCUCAAAAUUAGAGAAACAGUUUUGUCAAAAGUAUAAAUCACCUUUUGCAAAAAACAUUUGUAGCUCUUUUCCAUAUGUUACAAAUGUACGAUCAAAACAGGAACAAUUUCAAACUGACUGA